AUGGUCUCUGUAUCAGCAUUCCUCAACAAAUAUGCCUACCACGAGUCCGGCCUCGCCUCGCUGUGGAUCACCGGCCGUGACGCCUGGCUCGUCAUCUUCGCUCGUUGCUGCCGCAUGUUUGCCUACGGCGCCAGCUCGCUGAUCCUCGCUCUCUUCUUCAACGAGCUGCACGUUUCCGACUCGCGCAUCGGCUUGUUCUUGACCCUCACCCUCGUUGGCGAUGUCGUCCUCUCCUUGGCCAUCGCCCUCGUCGCUGACCGCAUCGGCCGCCGUCGCACUCUGCAGUUCGGCGCCCUGCUCAUGAUCCUGUCCGGCGUCACCUUCUCCCUCAGCAACAACUACUGGGUCCUCCUGCCAGCUGCUGUCGUUGGCGUUCUCAGCGCCACUGGUGGCGACACGGGGCCCUUCCGGGCCAUCGAGGAGUCAACCCUGUCCGAGCUGACCACCCCCGCCACCCGCUCCGAUGUCCUGUCGUGGUACAUCACCACCGCCGCCGUCGGGUCCGCGUGUGGGGUUGCCGCUGCGGGGAGAAUGAUCGAGUCGCUCAAGGACAGGGACGGCUGGACUCUGUUGGAAGCCUAUCACGCUUGUUUCGGUCUGUACGCGCUAAUGGGCGCCAUUGCAUCCCUCGCCGCCUUUUCGCUCUCCAAAAAGUGCGAGUUGAAGCCUACUGCCAUCACCAAGGAGCACGAGACCGGUGAGGCCGCCGAGGGGCUACUGAAUAAUAACCAAGAGCUCAGCCCUGUCGACGAUACUCACCAGGCCCUGGACGGUGUGGGGGAGGAGCCCAAGCCUCCGCCCAGCACCAGCAAGAUCGCCCGGAUAUCCAAGGACACGCGAUCAAUCAUGUACGCCCUGUGGUUUCUGCUCAUGGUCGACUCGUUGGCAGAUGGCAUGGUCAGCAUGUCCCUGACCACAUACUACGUGGACGAAAAGUUUCACCCGCCAAAGUCCACCCUUGGCGACGUCAUCUCAGCCAGCUACUUCUUCGCCGCGCUAUCAACCGUCUUCGCAGGGCCGCUGGCACGCCACAUUGGCCUGGUCAACACCAUGGUCUUCACGCACAUCCCCUCCUCGAUGGCCGUGCUGCUCUUCCCCGCCGCCCAGAGCCGCUGGCUAACUUUUGUGCUGCUGAUCCUGCGCGUCGGGCUCAACAACAUGGACCAAGCGCCGCGCGCCGCUUUGAUCGCCGCCGUCGUCAGGCCCGAGGAGCGCACUGCUGUUAUGGGCAUCACCAGCACCCUAAGGACCCUCGCCAACGUCACCGGUCCUAGCUUUACCGGCCUGCUCGCCGACAGCGGCCGCUUCUGGAUCGCUUUCGUCGUCGGCGGGGCCCUGCGCCUCUUCUACGAUGUCGGCCUUUUCGUGGCCUUCAUCAAUAUCCAGCUGUACAAGCACGAGCCCGGCCAGCAGGCGUCACCCGGGGACUCGAUCGGCAGGCUAUCAGAGGAUGCUUUUGAGGUUAGAUUGGAUGCCGAUGAUGACGGCGUCGAGGCGAGGUUGUCUUUCUCGAGCGACGAGGGGGCCGAUGCACAUCGGACGAGUGGGGAGAGAGAACGGGAUCGGGAGACGGUCUAG